AUGGGAGGCUACAAUGACCGCGAGGACUACCGUCGCCCUUCCUCCUCAUCUCACCAUCGAUCUCGUACCAGUAAGCAUGAUACCUCGUCCUCCUACAGAAGCCAUGGACAUGCGCCGACCAGACGCCGUUCUCGUUCUCCUUCCUCACAUCACUCCUCUUCACGCAGCCGCCGCGACCAUCCCAACGGCCCUCAACUGGAUGAGUCUGGCCGCGACGGCUGGCGCGACAAUGAUCGCAGCCGAGUUUGGGAAGGGCGUGGCUACGACUCACACGCCGCCGUCGUAGAUCAUCACAAUGAAAGACAUCCGUAUGGCGAAGCAUCAAGACACAGCGGCCGCAGACGGUGGGAUGAGGAUGCGCGUGCCCCUCCAACCGCUCCACCGUCUUUCCCAGAUGUCGCACGACCAACCUUGAACGCUGCACUACCAUCCAGGCCUCCCGUCGGACCUCCCGGCGCCGCGCCGGGACCUCCACCUCCCCCUCCAGCAGCCCUCGCGCAAACCUCAUCUUCGGUGCCAUCAAAUGGCAUGAAUGAGACGUUGUCGUCGGAAGAGCAGGCCAAACUCGCCAAAAAGGCGCGGCUCGAGGCCUGGCGCAAGGAGCAAGCUGCCAAAAAGGCGCUUGAGGAAGCCAGGCAGCGAGCUCAAUCCAUCGCCAGCGCAGUAGCACCCUCGUCUCAACGCGCGGAGAGCUCAUCAUCGUCACAAACCCUUCAGAGCGCGCCCACCUUGAUCAACGCCACUGGCUUGCGGACACUAUCAUUGCGCACGGAUCCGUCCAAGGCAACGGCACAGAAUCGGUCCCGAACAAUGAUGGAAGAUGCGUCCGAGUCGUCGACACGGACGCAGAUCAAUCGACUCGGUGAUCUGCCUCCUCUAGAUCCAGCGAUCGAUACAGCCCGCAAAGUCGCAUCUGCCGAUGACGAAGACGAGAUUGGUGACCAGCUUGGCGCAGCGAAAGCGCAGACGCGCAGCUCAGACGCCGCUUCCAUGGACAUCGACGAGGAAGACGACGAGGAGGACCCCUUGGAUGCCUUCAUGUCCACCGUCAAAAGUCAGGUGGCGCAAGUCAACGCCGACGAUCGACGCAAGGCUGGAUUCAGCGGUGAUAGCGACUCAAGACAUGUCAAGACCAAAGCGGUCGUGCUCGGACAGGACGACAGCGACGGCGAAGCGGAUAACCAGGAUGAGGAGGUCGAUGAGCUCGACCGAGUCGGCGUGGCGACCGAGGACUUGUUGGCGCUCGCGGCAAAAAAAGUCAAGAAGAAGGAGCUUGCCACCGUCGAUCACGCCACCAUCGACUACGAACCAUUUCGCAAACUCUUUUACCAUCCUCCCGCCGAGAUCCAGGAUAUGUCCGAAGAGCUGGCCAAUCAGAUUCGCCUCGAGAUGGACGCCAUCACGGUGCGAGGCAAAGACUGCCCUAAACCACUCACCAAAUGGUCGCACUGUGGCUUGCCUACCAGCUGUCUCGACGUGAUCAAGCGUCUCGGGUACGCCACCCCCACGCCGAUCCAGAGUCAGGCGAUUCCCGCCAUCAUGUCUGGACGAGACAUCAUCGGCGUAGCAAAGACAGGUUCCGGCAAAACCAUGGCCUUUCUCUUGCCCAUGUUUCGACACAUCAAGGAUCAGAGACCCGUCGAGGCUUCUGAGGGUCCUGUCGGUAUCAUCAUGACGCCGACCCGGGAGCUUGCCGUUCAGAUCUAUCGCGAGAUGAGACCGUUCAUAAAGGCACUGGGUCUUCGCGCCGCUUGCGUCUACGGAGGUGCUCCCAUCUCGGAACAGAUCGCAGAGAUGAAGAAGACUGCCGAUAUCGUGGUGGCCACGCCUGGUCGGCUCAUCGACCUGUUGACCGCCAAUUCUGGCCGCGUCACGAACCUUCGUCGCGUCACGUACCUCGUGCUGGACGAAGCUGACCGCAUGUUCGACAUGGGCUUCGAGCCGCAGGUCAUGAAGAUCGUCAACAACAUCCGACCGGAUCGACAGACGGUGCUCUUCUCUGCUACCUUUCCCAAACAGAUGGAAUCGCUGGCACGCAAGGUGUUGAAGAACAAGCCGCUCGAAAUCACCGUCGGCGGGCGCAGCGUCGUAGCUGCCGAGAUUGAGCAGAUCGUCGAGGUGCGGCCGGAGAGCACCAAGUUCCACCGCCUACUCGAGAUCCUGGGCGAGCUUUACAAUCGAGAAAAGGAUGCGCGGACGCUCAUCUUUGUCGACCGACAAGAGGCGGCCGAUGACCUGCUCAAGGAUCUGAUCCGCAAAGGAUACGUCACCAUGUCGCUGCACGGCGGCAAAGACCAGGUGGACCGCGACGAGACCAUCUCCGACUUUAAAGCAGGCAACGUGCCCAUUGUCACUGCAACCUCGGUGGCGGCGCGAGGCCUCGAUGUCAAGCAACUCAAGCUCGUCAUCAAUUACGACGUACCCAAUCACAUGGAGGACUACGUUCAUCGCGCAGGUCGCACCGGUCGUGCCGGUCAGAAGGGGACCUGCAUCACCUUUGUCACUCCCGAACAGGACCGCUACGCCCGUGACAUUAUCGCAGCCCUGAAGGCUAGCUCCGCGCAUGUUCCGCCAGAGCUGGAGACGAUGGCCGCGGCGUUCAAGGACAAGCUUGCGGCCGGCAAGGCCAAAGCGGCCGGAUCGGGCUUUGGCGGCAAGGGUCUGGACCGCUUCGAGCAGGAUCGCGAAAAGGCGCUCAAGGCUCAAAAAUCAGCCUACGGCGAAGCGGACGAAGAGGGCAAGGCGGCUGCUGCCGGCGAGUCGAGCGAGGCGAAUGCCACGUCGGGCGCGCCGGCGAGCACAUCGAGCUCCGAAGAUCAGCUGAGCAAGAUUCAGGGCAUGAGGAUCGAGAUCAUGCAAGGCGCAGCCCCCGAGUCGGUCAGGGAGAACAAGACGCUUUCGGCGAGCGAAGAGGCCUCUGCUGCCGCUGCCAAAACCAAGGCGGAGCAGGAGCAAGAGAGCAAAGAGGCUGCCCAACUCAAGGCGCAGGAAUCCGCACUGGAAGCCGCCAAGGCUCACGGCGCGGACACAACCAAGCUGGCAGCCGUGCUCGAAAACAUCCGUAAGCAGGCCAAUGCGCGAAAAGAAGCGGCCAAGAACUCGGAGACGGACAAGCAAAAGGAUCGCAAAGCUCGCGAUCCGGACGCCACCGACUACCACGCGAUUGUGCCGAUCAACGACUUCCCGCAGCGCGCACGAUGGAGGGUCACCAACAAGGAGACGAUGAGCCACCUGAUCGAAUCGACGGGGGCCUCGAUCACCAACAAGGGCGUAUUCUAUAAGGAAGGCAUCGAGCCGCAGCCAGGCGAACCGCCCAAGCUGCAGCUGUUGAUCGAGUCGAACACCAAAUCGAUGGUGGAAGAUGCGGUGCGCGAGAUUCAGCGUCUUUUGGUCGAGGCGACGCAAGCGGUGCUCGAAGCCGAAGCGAGGAAUCCGGGCACCACGGGUCGAUACACUGUGGUUUGA